GGUGGUAGCGUUCCUUUACAAAAGGCUUCAUGGGGGCUACCGUAGGGGGCUCGUAAUGACUGGUUCCCUACUUGCAACGAGUGGCUUGCUUAUCGCUUCUUCUGCGACCAAUGGUGUAGAACUUGCUCUUUAUCUUUCGAUUGCAGGUCUUGGUUCAAAUAUAUUGUCAAUAUCGCUUGUAAUUGCCCUCAGCGACCAGUCCGGUGAUGCCUUCGGAAUUCUCUACGGAAUUGGCAAAUCAGGAUAUGCUUUUGGCAUGGCCCUUGUCCCUCUACUGGCUGACUACCUGAUGAGGAUCUAUGGCUGGAGAGGAUCCUUGAUGAUUAUCGGAGGCAUCAUGGCACACCUGAUACCAUUGACCUUGAUGGUCGAUUUUGCAGAAAUAACAGUUCAAGAAGAGGGCCAUGAGAUUUCGUAUAGCGAUGGCCGAAUGACUGGCAAUGAUUCUGAUACAACCGACAUAGAACCAAACUGUGAUGAAUCUCUUCCUAGGUCUCAGUCGGCCAGCAACUGCUCCGACCCUUCGCCACUGGAAGGUGUCAUUCAAAAUGAAAAUGUCAUCAUUCCCCUCGAGGAGGUCAAUGAAGAAACACGUGACAAUGCCUUUCUGAUAAAGAAAUCAUCCACUUGUGAACGGCACAAGAAAAUGUCUGUCAAAAGUUGUCGCAUCAAGGGUCAGAUGAACUGUUCUGAGCUCUCUUCCGCCGUCCGCCGAGAAUGUGCUAACUCCAUCUACAGUCGAGAUCGGUGGAUGAUACUCCUUAUGUUCGUCACGAUGGUGUUCGCCAUGGUGGAUGGUGGUUGGCACGCGUUUCUAAUUCCACGUGCUGUCCAUCUAGGUGUUCCCACUUUUAACGCAUUGGCCCUGGCGUAUUCAGGAGCCGCUGCAGCUUUCAUAGGUCGCUGCUUUGGAGGAUUACUCUUAAAAUCCAAACUCAUUUCAGGACAGUGCUGGUUUCUUGUCCUGACAUUUCUCAACGUGACAUCACUGCUUGUGGAUAUUUUUGUCCCAAGGUUUGAGUUAAUGAUUGUGACCGCUUUUAUUACGUCACUCACGAUUGCCGAACGGAACAUUCUGGUGUUGGUCAUAUGCAAGGAAAGGGCUCCUCUGCCUGAGUUUCCGGUCAUACUUGCUUCUUCCGAAAUUGUAUUUGGGGUUGGCACUUUCCUUGGCGCCUUUUUCUCUGGUAAGAACCCUUGCAUUUUACCGUUUCAAACAUUUUCUUUUUUUAAGGAAUAGCAUUGUGCACAUUUAAUCUUGAAGUAUUUUACCCUUCAAUGUAAUCAUUGAUUCAACAGAGAGAGAGACAAG